UACAAAGUAUUGGGGACAUUAAUAGGCUGAUGAUGAUGAUGACUAAGUAUUGUUAAUAAUUGAAAUAAAUACAUUAAAUACUUAUCGAGUAUGCAAGGGUAAGAAAAAUUCUUAUUGAUAAAUUACAUUUGUAUUUAUUCUGUCAAGCAUUGUUUCCGGACUGAUUAAAUUAUAGCUAUUAUGAUUUCAUUUCAAGACUGCUUCUUUCAAACGACCUUUGUAGACAAUACCAUAAAACUCUUUCCUCACAAUACCGCAGAAUGUUGAAUUGUAUCAAUCGGCGCGGCAUAAGUAACUGACAAUCAUUGCUGACAAUGGCUAAAUAAUGUCAAUAUAAAUUAUGCUGGAGUGAAACCAUUGAAUGUUUUUGAACACCAGCAACAGUGCGUGGAUACCGUUGCGAAAGAGGUGGGCGGGCCAUCGGUCAGUAUCCAACAAAAACCUUAUAGUGGAGACGUGUUUCAUAUUUAAAAACUUACACCAAACGUUGUCGAAAAAAAUAACGGACAUGUACCGAUUGCAAAUAACGGUUUAGGAAAAGCUUAAAUCAAAAAUCUUUUAAUAUCGAAUUUGAUGUCAACGUUACAUUAAAAUUACUUAUUAACUUAUGUUUGAUUGUUACUAGUAUUAUGGUGUCCUACGCGCUUUAAACAACCAAUUUACUUGGUAUCCAGGCCGCUAUUAACUCCAGGCGCCACCGCUGCUGUGCAAAUUUUUUGACUCGAGUAUUUAUCGUUUGUCAACAUUCUUUUCUCAACAGAUUCUUUAUCCGAUAUUAAGUUGAAAAUGUAACCAUAAACGUGUGUGCCCUAAAUAUUCGAACGUCUUUCCAUAUGUUAUCAUUAAUAUAAAGAACAUCGACGGGAAUUUUGGGUUAUUGUACGAACACAGUUCGCAUUUGAGUCAAACGUGUAGGACUAACGGUCAUAUUCUGUUAAACUUAAAAGUGGAAUGCUAAUGAGUUAUUAGUGAUGGUUAAAGACGGACGUGAAGUUCCGAGUUCCUGUAAAAUUGUGCUUUUCGUGUUAUUAUUGUAACAAAAAAAGAAAGGAUUCCAAAAUGGAUUAUCGGCAGUCACGCAUUUGUGAAGUACUACUAAGUCAAUAUGACCCGGCUGUGUUGGAUCAGUUCAAAAUGGAGAUGUCGUACGGUAUCGAGCGAUUCUUCCUGCUCACGUACUGCUUGGCUUGUUGCUGGCCAGGUCUGGGAGCUAGGACUGACCUGAGGGUGGUCAGGCAGUGGUCUGAGCUCGAGUUUGCCUUCCCGAGUGACGAAGCUCGUCUCAGUGCGAUGCAGCAAGACUAUUAUGUACCCGGAAAUUCAGUCCCCAUUGAUGUGGACGUUCAUCAUAGACGAGAUGGCAAGUGGUGCAGUAGUCAGCAGAAGUCUCGCAUAUUCGUUACGAUACCCCGGUUCGACGUCGGCCGACCGGUCACCCUGGGCACGGUGGACGAGCUUGGUCGCAUCGCAGGUUACCCAGACUACUCCUGGCAUGACCACCAAGGGCACAACUGUCAGGGCAUGACGUCUGUCUUCAGAACUGCUAUCGACGAGUGUAACAGGCUGUGGGUGAUGGACGCGGGGAAGAUCGGCGACACCCAGCACUGCCCGCCGCAACUGCUCGCCUUCGACCUGGACACCGACAGGCUGCUGUACAGGCAUGUCGUAAACGCCUCCAGCUACAUCGGCACAUCACUGUUCAUCACACCGGUAGUGGACGUGCGAGGCUCAGGACCGGGAGACUGCUCAGACACGUUCGUGUAUGUGGCUGACGUGUCUGGGUUCGGAAUGUUGGUUGUAGACGUCGCCAAAGAUCGCUCCUGGCGCGUCACCCACAGGUUCAUGUUCCCGUAUCCCAACCACGGGACCUUCACCAUCGAUGGUGAGAGUUUCGACCUGAUGGAUGGCGUGCUUGGGAUGGCGCUGUCCCCAUACAAGCAGGGCCGUGACCGUUUCUUGUAUUUCCACGCCCUGGCCGCCACUACCGAGAACGUGGUGCGCACGAAGGUUCUACGCAACGACUCCUUCCUCGCCGACCCUAACGCUGAACCUAAAUCUAUCAACUCUUUUCCCGAUGAAAGACCAAAUCAGUCGGCAGCUGAAGCAAUGGACCGCAAUGGUGUUUUAUAUUUCGGUAUAAUGGAGCCACCCAGUAUUUGGUGCUGGAACUCAGCCACAGAAUUCAAUCAAAGAAACUUCUAUCAACUCGCUGUUGAUAGGGAGACACUACAAUUCGCCAGUGGAGUAAAAGUCAUAAAUAACCUAAAAGGAGAACAGGAGCUGUGGGUACUGACAUCAAGUUUCCAGAGGGUCAUGACUGGAAGUCUUUCGAGCAGCAGAGUUAACUUCAGAAUUCACGCAGAGAAGAUAAAUAAUUUAAUAGCGAACACUCCUUGUGCGAAUUCCCCAAAGGGGCAAAACCAUGGCUACCAAGCCAAUAUGAUAAUACCGUCGAGUGGGUAUCAACGUGGAACCCUAAGGUAUGGCGCUGUCUCUUAUCUCUAGAGCUGCGCGCGUUGUCCAACCACAUGUUUAACGCUCCCAUGUGGCAUGUCUGGCCAUAACUUCACCGAUG